CAUUCGUACAAUAGACUUUGUAUAUAACAUUCGAAUAAUGGACUUUGUAUACACCACAUCAUUUUUCUCUUUAAAUUUUACUUACGAGUCACAAAACGCGCAUCCUAACAUUAACACUAAUGACAUCAACACCGCGACAUCAAAAAAACCAAUCGAUUACCUAUGUUCAAAUGAUUCGACUACUGUGCGUUGA